CUUUACAGUUGCAUGUUCCCAAACCCCAAAGAUUGUCAGGUUUGAUGUUGACUGCCCUCUAUUUAUUCCCCCUAACCUUGCCCUUCUUCUUCACUUCCUCAAACAAACUACUUUCCAGGAAAGCCAAAAAAAUGGCUGUGUUGGGGACUGUUUUGGUGGGGUUUCUCUCAAUCGUCUCUUCUGUUCAGGCAUAUUAUGGUGGUUGGACCAAUGCUCAUGCCACUUUCUAUGGAGGAGGUGAUGCUUCUGGAACAAUGGGCGGGGCUUGUGGAUAUGGAAAUUUGUACAGUCAAGGUUAUGGAACAAGCACUGCAGCCCUCAGCACUGCAUUGUUCAACAAUGGGUUAAGCUGUGGAGCCUGCUAUCAGCUCAUGUGUGUUAAUGACCCUCAGUGGUGCCUUCGUGGCUCCAUCACUGUCACUGCCACUAACUUCUGCCCUCCUGGUGGUUGGUGUGACCCUCCAAACCACCACUUUGAUCUCUCUCAGCCCAUCUUCCAACAUAUUGCUCAAUAUAGAGCUGGAAUUGUUCCUGUAAUCUACAGAAGGGUGAGAUGCAAGAGAAGUGGAGGGAUUAGGUUCACAAUAAAUGGUCAUUCAUAUUUCAAUUUGGUUCUUAUAACAAAUGUUGGAGGAGCUGGAGAUGUGCAUGCAGUGUCAAUCAAAGGUUCAAAGACUAGAUGGCAACCAAUGUCAAGAAAUUGGGGCCAAAAUUGGCAGAGUAACUCCUACCUUAAUGGACAAAGCCUCUCUUUUGUUGUAACCACAAGUGAUGGCCGCAGUGUGGUGUCUUACAAUGUUGCCCCUGCUGGCUGGUCCUUUGGCCAGACAUAUACAGGAAGCCAAUAUCGGUAUUAGCCAUCAGAUCUAAAGCUAAAUUAAGCAACCCUUUUAGUAUGUUUACAUAGAAAGAAAGUGUAUGGGUAAAAAUAUAUGUGGGGGUCAAGACUAUUUCAGAAAUGGCCCUUUUCUUGUUGUAAUAUGAUUCUGAGAUUCUGCAGUUCAUCAUGGCAGGCUUUGGAUUAAUGAAAAGCCUAAAGGCCUUGAUAACUGCUAGGAAGAGAAACAAAAGUGCUUCUACUGCCCUUUUGUUGUCGAUACAUAACACUAGAAGUGCUUUUAAGAAUUGCCUCUGUAAGGUAGCACUGUAAUAAGCUACUGCUGAAUAUGAUCAAGUUUGCACCAGAGUUUUUUCUAA